GUUUGCCCGAAUCUUCCUUAUGCUCCGGUGUUUCCGAUUCCUGCAGGCCUUGCGAGCCAACCAGCCUUUUCUUCCGCGGCUGCCACCAACCAUUCUCACUCGCCACCAUAUCCGCGAUUUAUAGGUGUGACAGCGGCGAAUAGUACAGAUUUCCAUCGAUUCUGGAACUCUACGCGCACUGUGCCAGCUUGGCUGUUGCUGAUCGUCUUUCCUCUUGUCUCGAUUCGCUCGCCAGCCUUCCUAUCUCGGUUCAACGCUCUUGGCACCCUUUCCAUCCUCUACCUUAUCAACCUGGUUUUAACAAAGGCCAGUAGUUGGGGCAUCAACAUGAAUUUAACAGCUAAAGAUGAAUUUUUCGGGGUGCCCCUGGCUGGAAUCGACAUCGGGUUCACUUUGCCUCUGAUCUUCGCUCCUACAUUUCACUGUUGUAUUAAUACUAUACCGGAACCUGUUCUCGGUGAAUCUAAUCUCCUCCUUGGACAUUGA